AUGCCAACAAAUACUCAUGAAGAUGCAGUAGCUGCAAAUAUAUCAACAUUUGAUGAAGAAUUUGCUUCAAAAUAUGAAAAAAGAGAAUCUCAAAUUUUAUUAAGUUAUUUAUUUGCUAAAAAUGUAUUAGAAUUUGAUCCAAAUAAAUCAAGAAAAUCAGAUGAAGAAAGUUCAAAAUUAAUUGGUGAUCCACUGCAAUAUUGUAAUGGAUUAACUAAAGAAAAUACAUUACCUAAUCCAUUAACUUAUGAAAAGGACUUUCCAAAUGGAUUGUUUAAACCAGGAAUGAAAUUAUUAGAUUUUGCUUGUGGUACUGGUAUGGUAACUGAAUUAUUUAUACCUUAUUUAAAGCAACCAGGACAAAAAUCAGAAAUAGUUGGAAUUGAUAUUGGUCCUGUUUUUUUAAAAUAUUUUAAUGAAAGAGCUAAAAAAUAUAGUGAUGAAAAUUUAGAAAUGAAAUCUUAUGAAUAUGAUAUAUUAAAUCCUAAAUUAGAAAAGAAAGUUUCAAAAUUUGAAAAUCAAUUUGAUGUUAUAAUUUGUACUAUAUCAUAUCAUCAUAUACAUAAUUAUGAAAUUGUAACUCAAAAGUUAGCUUCAUUUUUAAAAAAAGGUGGAUGGUUAUUUAUAAUAGAUUUUUAUAAUGAAGAUGUUGAAAAAAUAGAUUUAUCAAAUACAAAUAGCAAAAAUAUGAAAGUUAGUGAAGCUGUACAACAUAUGGGAGGAUUAAAAAAAUCAAGUUUAAAUCAUGUUUUAAAAAAUUUAUCAGGUUUAAUAAAUGUAACAAGUUCAAGAGAAUUUAAAACUUUUAUUUGGCAACCUGCAAGUUUUAUUGAAAAUCAUUCAGAUGAACAAACUGUUAAUAAUUUAAAAACAGGUAAAUUAAAACAAAAGGAUUUUAAUGAUGAAAUUAAUUAUUUGAUUGAAACUAGUGUUAUUUAUGCAAUUGGUCAAAAACCUUAA